AUGGGAAUCACUGGAGACGUUGCUUCUGCAGCACCAACACGAAGGACGGCAGACCAGGAGCAGAUCGAUCGUGAUACAGUCAUCAGAAACUUUACCACAGGAGCCUAUCUUGACUGGCCGAACGAGGCUGGAUUUCAAGAUCUGCACGAGCACCGCGGUCCCAUCAAGCUCACCGUCAAGGGAACCAUCCCCGCUUGGGCUUCAGGCUCAUUCUACCGCAACGGCCCAGGGUCGCGAAAAAUCGAAGGGGCCAAAUCCCGGCGUGGACAGGUCGAGGAUGGGACCGUACACAUCUCGCAUUGGUUCGACGGCCUCGCCCACCUACACCGUUUCGACAUCACCAUCUCGGACGACGGGCAAGUCGAGGUGUUUUACUCCUCCAGGCGCCAGGCCGAUAAUUUUGUCAAGCUCGUCCAGGAAAAAGGUUCCUACGGUGAUGUCACCAGCUUUGCGCAGAAGGCAGACCCUUGCAUUGGCAUCUUUGGCAAGGCCAUGAUCUGUGUCAGGGCUCUGGACCAGGGCAAGGAGGCCCUUAGAUACGACAACAUGAACGUCACCGUGCUGCCCGGCAUAGAUCUGCCUAACACCACACCUAGUAGUUCAUUCUCUCCCUCCUCUCCCUCUUCUUCUUCCAAGGCAAUCCAUGGUAUUGGCAGCAAUGGCAAGAAGGUAGACAAUGUCGACAAAACUGGCGGUCAACUCGCAGGCACUCCAGCUGCCACUGCCACUGGUCACCGUCAAGGUGGUAACAAGACAGUCUGGAUCUGUUCCGACACUUCUGGCCUGCGUAUAGUGGAUGCGGCUACCCUUGAGCCCAUCGGCAGUGCAGUCCGCCAGAGUGAGUUACAUCCUUUGCUGAAAGGUGCCCUCUCGUGCGCGCAUGCUCAGCGGGACCCUAUGACGGGUGAUCUGUUCAAUUACAACAUCCAAGGGGGCCGCUACGCCACCUACAGAGUCUUUCGGGUCUCUGCGGCGACGGGCAAGACGGAUAUCCUGGCGACCAUCUCUCGCCACGACCUAGCUCCUGCCUAUAUCCACAGCUUCUUCCUGAGCGAGAGGUUUGUGAUCCUCAAGGUGCCCAGCUCGCACUAUGGCACGAUGGGACUCAGCGUUCUCUGGAAAAGAAAUCUUGUGGACGCUAUGGAGCCCUUUGACGAGAGCAAGGUCUGCAAGUGGUACGUGAUCGAUAGGCUCCACGGGAAGGGUGUCAUCGCCGAGUUCGACACGCCUGCAGGUUUCUUCUUCCACACUGUCAACUGCUGGGACAAGAUCGUUGCCCAAGAGGACAAAGACAAGACCUCGGGUACGGAGAAGGGGACAGGUAGUGAAAUUCGUGAGGAGGCUGACGUCUUUUGCGAUCUUGUCGAGUUUCCCAAUCUGGACAUCCUUCAGGUCUUCUACCACGAUAUCCUCCUAAACAUCGACAACCAGGCCCAGAAGCGUUAUGGAGACGAAACCACCGUUGCCAAAACCAUGAGCAGCCUGGUCAGAUGGAAGUUCCGCGUCGCCCUUCCCACAGCAUCACCAAAGGACAGUAAGGUCUUUUCCAUUCCCGCCCCGCAUACGGGUGAGAUGCCCACCAUCAACACUCGAUACCUCACCAAACCCUACCAGUACGUGUACAGCCUGCUGCAGAACGGAAAGUCCACCUUUCUCGACACGAUCGUAAAGACCGACACUGUCACGCGGGAAGCGGUGUCGUGGAGCAGUCCCAACGGUCAUACACCGUCCGAGGCGAUCUUUGUGCCACGCCCUGGUAGUGAGAAGGAAGACGACGGUGUGCUCUUGAGCGUGGUACUGGAUGGGUACUCGGAGAAAAGCUACCUGAUCUGCCUGGAUGCCGGGACGAUGAUGGAGGUGGGAAGGGCUGAGAUGGACUUUUCUGUGGCCUUUGGCCUUCAUGGACUGCACUGCCCGACCUAG